AUAUAUUACAAUUAGACCUCUAACUAUCCAAAUACCAACUACGAACACGAUGGAUGUUCACGAAGACACACUCAAGUACAUGAAUGAUUUUGAGCUGUACGACUUUGUUGCUGAUUCAAAUUUUGAUCAGUUCAUCAAUUUGAUCCGAGGGGAGAAUGAAGAUGCCAACUGUGAUCAUUUCGGUUCUGACCUUAUCAAUGAUUGCUUUGUUAACAAUCAGCAGCAGCCCCUUUUAUCUCCUGCAAACCCUUUUGAUCAGAACAACAACAAUAAUAAUAAUGAUGCUGUGAAUGUCUAUGAUCCAAGCUCCACAUUCAGUUCCUUCUCUUGUUUUGAUGGGGAGCUCAAGGGAGAAGGAGAAGAAGAAAAUGAUGGUGAGCAUUCUUCUGGGACAACGACAACGAAGAAUGCUGAUGGCAAACCGAAACUAAAAACUGAUAGGUCAAAAACUCUCAUUUCUGAAAGGAGAAGGAGAGGCCGAAUGAAGGAGAAGCUUUAUGCAUUGCGUUCUUUGGUCCCCAACAUAACAAAGAUGGAUAAGGCUUCUAUAAUUGGAGACGCAGUGUCAUACGUGCAUGACCUUCAAGCUCAAGCUAGGAAGCUGAAGGCAGAGGUUGCAGGACUUGAAGCAUCCUUAUUAGUGUCUGAAAAUUAUCAAGGAUCAAUUAACAAUCCCAAAAAUGUGCAAGUGAUGGCCCGUAAUAUUAGUCAUCCAAACUGCAAGAAAAUCAUGCAGGUGGACAUGUUUCAAGUGGAGGAAAGAGGGUACUUAGCAAAAAUAGUGUGCAAUAAAGGAGAAGGGGUGGCUGCUUCACUGUACAGGGCUCUCGAGUCUCUUGCAGGUUUUAAUGUUCAGAACUCAAACUUGGCUACAGUUGGUGAGAGUUUUCUACUUACAUUUACGUUGAAUGUAAAAGGAACUGAACAAGAAAUUAACCUGCCAAAUUUGAAGCUAUGGGUGACUGGCGCUCUUCUGAACCAAGGCUUUGAAUUCGUGGCAUCUUUUCCUGCUUGACUCACUGCACCAAGUAUGACGUAGAAGCAAUUGCAUUUUAGAGAAUAUGAUGAGCCAUGAAAUAUUACGUAUAAUAUCCACGCCAACAUCUUGAGCUAGUAUGAUAUCACUUAGUAUUACCGCAACACCGUUGCUACCUUCGUUCUGUGUAAUUCUCCAGUUUUCAGAACAAAUAAUAACACUACAAAGACUAGCAAAAUAUAUAUGAAACCACAAACACACACACACACAUGUUCAUAAUAAGUAAACUUCAAAAUUAUUCGUGCAGUCAACAUAUUUCGUACAACAGUAACUGGAGUAAUUGUAAACCAACAAAACUUGCAACAACAAAAAUAUC